GCGGCGGGCCACGUGACGACUGCCUUCGGUUGACUGAGUGCGCAGAUAGGUGCCGGUAGCUCCGCAACGAACGCUUCUGCGUCGCCUCUAUACUCGCUGCUCGCUGUGACAUCAUUCUUCUCAAGAUCGUAUACCACCUGCGAACAAACAACAGCAUACGAUGGAUUUCAUAUUUUUAUGGCUAGUUACUUUCGUACUGGGAUUUUGGAUCUGUAAGAAGAUGAAGGAGUGGCGCAGCUUGCCUCCUGGUCCUUGGGGUUUACCGAUCGUGGGAUUCUUGCCAUUUAUGGAUGGAAACCAGCCCCAUCUGACUUUGACUAAGGUCGCUAAACAAUUCGGCCCAAUAUUUGGAAUAUCAAUGGGCAGCGUGUAUACGGUAGUGCUGUCAGAUCAUAAAUUAGUAAGAGAAGCUUUCGCAAAGGAUGCCUUCUCAGGACGGGCUCCGCUUUAUUUGACUCAUGGUAUCAUGCACGGAAAUGGUAUAAUUUGUGCUGAGGGUGGAUUAUGGAAGGAUCAACGCAAACUGGUGACGAUGUGGCUGAAAAGCUUCGGGAUGAGCAAACACAGUGUGUCCCGCGACAAAUUGGAGAGACGCAUCGCAGUCGGCGUUAAUGAACUGUUACAAAACGUCAAAGAAGCCUCUGGGGCCCCUAUUGAUCUAACAUCGAUGCUAGCAAACUCACUGGGAAACGUCGUAAAUGAAAUUAUAUUUGGUUACAAAUAUCCUUCUGAUGACAAAACAUGGAAAUGGUUCAGACAAAUACAAGAAGAAGGUAGUCAUGAAAUGGGCGUUGCUGGGGUUGUUAACUUUUUGCCUUUCAUUCGAUUCUUUUCACGGUCAAUUCAAAAAACGAUGAGCAUACUAACACGUGGUCAGGCACAAACUCACUCUCUCUACGCUGCUAUUGUUGAAAAGCGACGCAAAGUAUUAAAACUUGAAGCUCCUGAAGGUGCUAAAUAUCCGUUACAUGAAAAUCUUUUCAACCAGCAUCCUAAAGGCUUUAUAAAAUGUAUAAAAUACAGCAAACAUGUAUCAGAAACGGAGGAACAUUACUUCGAUCCCGAAAUUCUUAUACCGACAGAUGGUGAAUGUAUUCUUGACAAUUUCCUCUUGGAACAAAAGAAACGGUUCGACAGCGGCGAUGAGACUGCAAAGUACAUGACAGAUGAACAGAUGUUUUAUCUGCUCGCGGACAUGUUCGGGGCAGGCCUUGAUACCACGUCGACUACUCUCGCCUGGUUUUUGUUGUAUAUGGCUCUGCACCCGGAAGAACAGGAGACGGUACGUCGUGAGAUCCAGACCGUUUUAAUUGAUGAUAAUGAUUGCGAUUAUACAAAGUUACCUCGAUUAAUGGCGGCCAUUUGUGAGACUCAGCGCAUUCGAUCUAUAGUUCCAGUUGGCAUUCCUCAUGGAUGUAUUGAAGAUACGUAUUUAGGUGACUACAGGAUUCCCAAAGGCACAAUGGUAAUGCCGCUGCAGUGGGCGAUGCACAUGGAUCCUGACGUUUGGGAGGAUCCCGAGGAGUUUAAGCCCAGUCGAUUUUUGGAUGCAGAUGGGAAUUUAUUGAAGCCGCAACAAUUCAUACCUUUUCAAACAGGAAAGCGAAUGUGCCCUGGAGAUGAGCUUUCUCGGAUGAUGUCGUGUGGAUUGAUAACACGUUUGUUCCGACACAUGCGUGUACAAUUAGUCGAUGGUCCACCCACUGAAGUGGAAAUGCAAGGUACAGUCGGUGUCACCAUGACACCGCCUAAGACGUUGUAUGUUUGUGUACCGCUUUAAUAGUACAGUCGUCAACAAAAGUGUACUAAGCAUAAAGCAAUGCAUUUAAUAUUUGUAGUUGUGUCGAUCUUAAUAAAUAUAAUCGAUUUUUAAA